CGUACAUUAAUCUGAGAGCGAGCCUCUUUCUAUAUAUACGUGUACAAAGGCCGAACUGCAUCUUCACAACCCCAACUAACUCCCUAUCUUCUAUUCUUUGUUUCUUGCUUUCCCACUGAUUGCUUGCUAGCUAUCUCCAACCUUAACACACACACCCGAGCAAACUUUAUCUCUUUACUCUCAUAACUUGGUUUUGCUGCAAGUUUCUACGGUGACAGUAGCAGUACUGCGCCUGAAUGAGACCACCGCGUCCUGGUGGGCCUCCGCCUGGCUGGGCUCCUCCUGGACCUGGACCUGGACCUCCCGGCCCACCGGCUCCAUGGCCUGGACCACCGGGCUUUUCUGGUGGCUUGUUCAGUGGAUUAUGCAGCACCAUAUCUUCUUGCUUCUACUGGAUAUGUUGCUGCUGGUUGCUCCAAGACUGCAUUGGUGGUCCACCUGAGCCUCCUGCUAGCCCACCACCCCCACCUCCUCCUGUGCCUUCUUGGACACCUCCCCCACCUGGACCACCACCACCACCUCCUCCUGGGCCUGCUUGGACACCUCCCCCACCUGGACCACCACCUCCUCCUCCUCCUGGGCCACCUGGACCACCACCGCCUCCUGGCCCUUUGUGGGCACCUCCUCCUGGGCCUCCUCCUUUACCCCUAAGUAGCCCUCCGCCUCUUGACCCAUUUUUUGACCCGUUUCCUCCACCUGGCCCUCCCGGACCUCCUGGAGGGCCACCUGGACCGCCGCCGCCACCUUAAUGUUGUAAUUUCACAUAUUAUUGAGAGUAUCCAUCUUUUUCCAUUCCAGACAUCUAUGACGAUUUCGAGCAAAGAAAUCUAUUGCGUUUGUUCAAAUAAGUCAUUUCCCACCAAAGUUUCUGCUAGAUCUGUUCUUUGUAUCUGAUCCGUAGUUGAUAUCUUCCGAAUCCUCUUUUUGCAUCGAACUCACAAAUAAUAACACCACAAUAUAUAACUAAGUAUUGUUGAAAGCUUCUUCUUUGCCAUGUCGUUGCAAACUUUACUUAAAAUUGUUAGAAAC